AAGCCAGGAUACCCGAUAAUAUUCUUUAAACACAUGUAUGCGCAAAGCUUGUCUGCUACUACAUACAAAGAAGCUUUGUUGAACUCAGGGUGGUGGAAUAGCGUGCUGCAUUGCGAACUGGGCCAGCCACUAUGAGUGACGAUGGUGGCUUUUCGUGGAAGCCAACCUGUAUAGCUUCUACAUCACAGUCUUCCGAGACGCUACAGAAUGCCUCUGGUCUAAGCACAGAGACGGUCACAGGAUCUGAAAAGAUACCUGGUGGUUAUCGACAAUCUGCGAACUACUUCAAAAGCGCAGACUGGUCCCCUGAUGGCACGACGAUUAUAACGAACUCUGCAGAUAACCAUGCCCGGACUUACAUCCUACCCCCUGAUCUCCUAGAGGAAAGAGAGACACCACAUGAAUUGUCAGCAUAUUCCACAUUGCCAUCAGCUGAACCGAUAUACGCGACAGCGAUCUAUCCCUAUUACUCCCUACAAGAUCCGUCGACGACUCUCUUCCUUUCAUCAGUCCGUGACCAUCCGAUCCGAUUAACAUCGGCCCUGGCACCCACUACAGUGGCAACGUAUUCCUUGAUCAACCCUACAACAGAAGCCUUCAUCACUCCGCAUUCGAUUCUCUAUCCACCUACUCUUGGUGGAACCCACUUCCUUACAGGCUCCGAUAGUCUGAUAUGUCUCUUCGAUGUUUCUCGUCCUGGUACUGAUGGUCCGGUCUCCAUGAUGCCAACGAUUCCAAGUAAGAGAAAGCAGAUUGUUGGGGGCGGUAUUGGUAUGAAAGGAAUUGUCUCUGCAUUAGCCAUCAAUCCUAGUGGUGAUGGCAUCCUGGCUGCGGGGACUUUCACGAGACAGCUUGCACUCUACAGCUCGAAUGGGAGUGGUGAGCUAAUCGGUACUUUCAGUGUCGCGAGAACCGAAGCAGACCGCCACAUAAAGGGGAAGGGGAUCACGCAGCUUCUGUGGAGUCCAUGUGGUAGGUAUCUUUACGUUGUUGAGCGGAAAAGCCACGGUAUUCUCAUGUACGACAUACGGGUUACGGGCCAACUUCUUGGAUGGCUGCAGGGACGCAAAGCGUUCACUAAUCAGCGCUUAAAGGUGGAUGUUGUGGCUGCCGGUCCCGAGGGUUCUCACGAGAUAUGGGCAGGAGGCACCGAUGGCUUCAUGAGGACAUGGCGAAAUCCAUCUGAUACUAUCGGAGCUAAGGAUCCUGAUUGGGAAUGGAAGGUCCACGAAGAUUCGGUCAGCACUACUAUCCUACACCCUUCCGGAAGUAUCGUGGCAACCUGCUCUGGGCAAAAGCCUGAUGCAGACUAUCGCUCAGUUGAUAGGGAAAGCGACGGCUCUUCCCUCACGGUUGGGGAUAACAGUUUGAGGAUAUGGGCCUUAUGAGAACCAUAGACAUUAUACUUGUUUGAAGAGGGUAUAGAAGUGUCAUUGUUCCUUAUCGCCGGCAUGGCUGGAGAGACAUGAAAGGCAGGGAGACACGGUAUCCCACCCCUGAUGCUUUAAGGAAGGCAUAUCUUCGUAUUCCAUGCACAUGCUCCGCCGCUACAGAUAACCUUCUCCGCCAACGUCUCAACAGGACAAUCGAU